UUUCUGACAGUUCGUCUUUAUUCAUAUUUUUCCGCAACUUGCCCUUUUCCAGAAAAAUAAAAUAGAAAAGUUAUUUUUCAUCAUUUAAUCAUGAAUGUUCCCGGCCGAAUAUUCAAUAAAAAUGCUCUCCACCUUAACACCUUCAAACGAAUUGUCACGUUCUCAACAAAACCCCAACUAAAGGAAUCACCGCCUGUUACCCAAUCAUCAUCAUCGUCAACAACAACAACACCAUCUCCACCAACAAAUCCACCACAAGAACCAAGAAAACCCAUUACUUUAACUAAUUACAGAUUCAUUUAUCCAGAAUUUCUUCCCGAUCCCAAAAUCGAAUGGCGUAAUUCUGUCCGUGAAAAACUCGAACGCAUGGACAUGGUCGAACGUCGCAAACAAAUCGACAUACCUGAAUUCUAUGUUGGUUCUAUUCUAGCAGUCACAAGUUCUGAUCCCCAUGCAGCUGGCAAAGUUAGCCGAUUUGUAGGCAUUUGCAUUGACCGCGAUCGUUGUGGAUUGCGAGCUCGUUUCAUACUUCGCAAUGUUGUCGAUCAUCAAGGUUGUGAGGUACUCUAUGAAAUGUACGAUCCGACAAUUCAUAAAAUCGAAGUUCUGCGUCUUGAGAAACGUCUCGACGACAAACUAUACUAUCUGAGAGAUGCACUCCCAGAAUAUAGCACUUUUGAUUUGAAUAUGGAAGCUGAUAUUCUACCCGAAGGAACACCAGUUCCAAUUAAUGAUAUCCAAGUUAAAUUGAAACCACGUCCAUGGUUGGAACGAUGGGAACGACAAGAUUUGUUGGGUGUUUCCAACAUCCAUGAGCAUAUCAAAGAGAAACAUAUUCUUAGUGCGGAAAGGGUGCGCAAACCAUGGGAGAAAUAUGAUAUGAUGAAACAGUAUCGUAGUACUAUUCCGGAAGAGGAGCAGAAGGAAAUCUUUGCAGAAGUGCAUUCGCAAUUGCAUCAAUUGGAAUUGGCUAGGAAGAAGAUGAAGCGCAAGCGUACAUUUAUUAGGCCAACUAAUUUAGCUUAAAUUUAGAAAAGAGUUUUAGUUUUUUUUUUUUUUUAAUGUUAUGGUCGUUAUUGAAAAAAAUUAAUAAAAAUUACGAAAUAGUUUUAUGCGACAGUUAA